AUGGAAGAGUUUGCUCAACUGGCCCGUGAGAACUUUGAGGUCUUCCAGCGGUAUGGCGACACGGCGCUCGGUCCCGAUCCCAAGCUCCGUGCUAUCGCCGUGUAUUCCUCUCCCCCGGGGCCGACGACAUACAUUGAGAAGGAUUUGAAGCUUGGCCACUUACCCAAGUUCUUUAGAGAACGACCUAUUAGUGGCGACUCCCACAAGAGUGCAACAACUACGCCGCCGCCUGCCUCACUCAAGCUAGUCGUAAUCGAUAGCCGGCUGGAGUCAUGGUCCACCCCCUUUCCUUCGCUAUGGGUGACCAAGGAUAUCUUCCUAGGGCUCGUUGAUGCGAUGCAUAUGAGCCCGGCGGCACUGUGGCUCCUGCGCAGCGAGUAUGACGGCUUUCAUUACUUUCCCUAUUCCUCCGUAGAUUAUGACGAGGGUCGGGGAAAAGAGGGGGCGACGGCAGAUGUCGACACGUACUAUGUCGGAACAUCUAACUUUGUAUUGGUAUGGACGUUUAACCAACGGACCCUACAGACACACGCUCUAUGGAUCUUACGGCAACAGCAUAGCUUUAGUAGUAGCGCACCCGCGGCCUGGUUCGUCAACGUGCUGCGGCGGCACCAGGAACACCUACGCUCGCCGUUCCUACUAGCAUACGUAACGGCUCUAAGUGUGUGCUGCAUGUUCGACGGCGAAAUCUCAUACCGCGCACACAUGGUACGGCUCACGGAGCGUGAGACAGGCUAUAGUCGGCACUCGAGUGGGAUCGAGGAGCGCCUGGGAAUGGAGUCAAUUACAGUCUAUAUCAAGGACGUCGGUGAGGUGCUAAACCAUAUCGCCAACAACGAGCGGCAUUUCCGCCUCGUGGACGUUGUCCUCGACUUUGUGCUUGACAGCGUGCUACUUCCAGACGCUGGAUACGGAACUGCGGUCGAAGACGAAAACACACGCCGCUUGAUCGCGGCGAUACCCCUGUUGAGGAGGCGUAUGCACGCCUCGCAGGAAUAUCUCAAGUAUCUCAAGGAGCGCGCCGAGCGCCUAUCAACGGUGCUCUUCGCACUCCUAACGCACGAAGACUCCGCGACGCACGCAGACCUAGCAGACGCAAGCCGGCGGAUCGCAGAGGCGACACGGCACGACAGCUCGAGCAUGCGAACUGUAGCGAUAAUGACGAUGGCGUUUCUGCCCGCGACAUUCUUCGCAGCGCUUUUCGCUCUGCCGUCGCUAGACUGGCAUGCCGAAUCCGUUGCCGGCAUCGUCCAAAAUCCCGGGUUUUGGGUUUACUGGGCGUUUACGCUGCCCUCCACCGCAAUUGUCUUUGGCCUGUGGCUGUUGCUUGAUCGCCGAAAAGGCGGAGAUGGUAGGAAUAGGGAUAGGGGUGGAACAGUGGUGAUAGAGGGCCAACCUGUCAAUGAUGACGGGAGGCCGCGGAGUGGGGGGAGUAAGGUGGAAUAG